AUGAUGCAAGCCAGGAAGUUUAAAUAUGACGUCAUCGGACUGAUCGAGACGAGGCGACGCCACCCACUGACCGCCGUGUAUCAAACUGGGGAAGAACUAUUCUUAGGUACAUGCGACAGUAGAGGAGUUGGUGGUCUCGACAACGCGGGUAUGGCAAAAAAUAUCAACUCUUUCGAACUAUUUACGACCCGAAUCGAACAUCUGCGGAUGAGAUGUGGUCCAACGCCAGCUUUGACAAUCUCCGAGCUCCAAGAUCAAGCUAGGAGUGAGAAGAAGUCGAAGCUUUCUAUAUGGACGUGA